AUGAAAGAUUCUUUGGUGCUGCUGGGCCGUGUUUCGGCACACCCAGACUCUCGUUGCUGGUACCUGGCCUGGAACCCGGCGGGAACCCUGCUGGCCUCAUGCGGGGGCGACCGCAGAGUCCGCAUCUGGGGCACCGAGGGUGACAGCUGGAUCUGCAAGUCUGUCCUUUCUGCUGGUCACCAGCGUACUGUGAGGAAAGUAGCCUGGUCUCCCUGUGGGAAUUACUUGGCCUCUGCCAGUUUUGAUGCUACUACUUGCAUUUGGAAAAAGAACCAGGAUGACUUUGAGUGUGUCACUACUCUUGAAGGCCAUGAAAAUGAGGUCAAGUCAGUGGCCUGGGCACCGUCUGGCAAUCUCCUGGCAACCUGCAGCCGAGAUAAAAGUGUCUGGGUCUGGGAGGUUGAUGAAGAGGAUGAGUAUGAAUGUGUCACUGUUCUCAACUCCCAUACACAAGAUGUCAAACAUGUCAUUUGGCACCCAAGCCAGGAGCUUUUGGCCUCUGCCAGCUAUGAUGACACAGUGAAGCUGUACCGAGAAGAGGAAGAUGACUGGGUAUGCUGUGCCACCCUUGAGGGCCAUGAGUCCACCGUGUGGAGCUUAGCCUUUGACCCCAGUGGUCAGCGCCUGGCGUCCUGCAGUGAUGACCGGACUGUGCGCAUCUGGUGCCAGUAUCUACCAGGCAAUGAGCAAGGGGUGGCAUGCAGCGGCUCCGACCCCAGCUGGAAAUGUAUCUGCACGCUGUCGGGCAUCCACUCCAGGACCAUUUAUGAUGUUGCUUGGUGUCAGCUGACAGGGGCGCUGGUGACAGCUUGUGGGGAUGAUGCCAUCCGAGUGUUUGAGGAGGACCCUGGCUGUGACCCGCACCAGCCCACCUUCUCUCUGACAGCCCACCUACCUCAAGCCCAUUCCCAAGAUGUCAACUGUGUGGCCUGGAACCCCAAAGAGCCAGGGCUUCUGGCCUCCUGCAGCGAUGAUGGGGAGGUAGCCUUCUGGAAGUACCAGCAACCAGAAGGCCUCUGAACUGGCUCUGCUUUAAUCAGAGUCUGGAUCUCCAGAAAAUGCUGCUUUCCCAGCCCCUGGGAGGAGCUGGAGCAUUAUCUUUGCCCUUGACUUCUUAGCCCUCUUCCAUUCAGAUUUUGGGAGAAGUGGGGAGUUACACAGCCAUUUGCUCUCUCACUGCUUUGAUAGGAAUCCCUAAGAAAAGAGCUAUAGAA